ACCGGGGACCGAGGAGAGACGUCAGGGUUCACCGUGUUCACCCGGGACAAGGAUCCGCAUCCGCUCGGAGAACACACCGGGACAUGGCGGCGGCGGCGGCGGCAGCGCGGAGCCUGAGUGUAGGCCUCAGGCUGGGAACAGGAAAGGUAUGUGCGACCACUAUUGGGAAGUGGACAGUCUGCCCCUUUCUUCAGUGUACCUCAGUAACCCAGACUGGAUUGACCACAUUGAUGCCACUCCCUUUUGUGUUCCAUCAGUAUAGAUACAGCAGCUUCUUCAACAAAUUGACAGCAGAUGAAUUAUGGCGUGGCGUACUGGCAGAAUAUGGUGCUGGAGCACGAAAGGGCAGAGGUAAACGAACUAAAAGGAAGAUGAAGAAAGAUUUGAAUAGAGGCCAGAUGAUCGGUGAAGGACGAGCUGGGUUCCUCUGGCCUGGUUUAAACGCUCCUGUUGUGAAAAGUGGAAUGAUUCAAUCAAUUGGAAUACGCGACCAAUCCCAGCAGGAAGUUUUGCAGGCUGAAGCCCUAAGAGAACGAGAGGAAUGGGAGAGGAGAAGGAGAACAAAAAUCAAAAGAGAAAGAGGCUGGACCGGAAACUCCUGGGGUGGUAUCAGUCUGGGCCCCCCUGACCCUGGUCCUAAUGGAGAAACUUAUGAAGAUUUUGACUCCAGAGUGAUUGAGGUUAAAAGUGUCUUCAAUAUGACAGCAAAAGAAGGAAGGAAGAGAUCUGUCAGUGCUCUGGUGGUGGUUGGAAAUGCAAAUGGAGCUGCAGGUUUUGCAUUAGGUAAAGCACCUGACAGAACAACUGCUCUCCGAAAGGCUAAGAACAGAGCUAUCCACUACUUGUACUACAUUGAACGAUACAACAACCAAACCAUUUAUCAGGAUAUAACAUCGAAGUUCAAACGAACAACAAUCAAAAUGAAGAAACAAAACUACGGGUAUGGACUGCAUUGUCAUCGAGCAAUCAUUACAAUAUGCAAAUUAAUUGGAAUUAAGGACAUGUAUGCCAAGGUUACUGGAUCAACCAAUCUAUUGAAUAUUACCAGAGCCCUCUUCCAAGGAUUGUCAAAACAGGAGACUCAUCAAGACUUAGCUGAUAAGAAGGGGUUACAUGUAGUAGAGUUUCGAAAUGAGUGUGGGCCUUUCCCCCUGAUUGCUGCCUCCCCACGAGGACCAGUCAGGAAGAUGCCUGAACCUGAAGAUGAAAUUCCCGACACCAAAUUGGAUUGGAGUGAAGUGAAAGCAGCACAGGGUAUGAAACAAUCAGUCUGGGCAAAUGUCAAGCGUACAAUUUGGUGACCACCUGGUACUUCCUGGUAAAUGCUGUUAAGGCAGUUUUACUUACUGAAUUUGCAAAGAAAAUGAAAGAUCCUGGCUGAGAACACAAAGUCUCUGCAGCGCAUGACACAAGGCAGAAGGAUGACAUGUUUAACAACAUCAGCCCUGAUCGUAGUUUAUGGAUGAAAGGAUUGGCUAAUUAAAUAUUUUUCCAGUGCGUUGCAGUUUGUUUAUCUGGAACAAUGGAGCUUUGUGAAAGUAUGUUAAAGUUUGUUGUCUUCCAUCAUAAAACAAAUAAAAUCCAUUGUGUUUAAUAAAA